CCUAAAUAAUAUACCUCGCCUCCUCCCUCGCCCCUUCCUUCCCCUAUCCGCCCUCCGCUGCCCCCCCCUUCCCAACGCGGCGACGACCGCCGACCGCGGCGACUCCGAGCCCGGAGCCGCCGACCCCUCCCCGCGCCCCGCCCGCCGCCGGGGGUCAACGGGAACCGCCGGCAACGGCCGCCGCUCCGCAGGCAUUCGCCGCCACGCGGGUCCACGAGCGGCUGGAAUUCUAGGGUUUUGUAGGCCCGGCUUCGGCGUGAUCGGGCGCGGCGGCGGCGGCGGGAGGAGGAGCGGGUGCGCGGGCAUUGGAUGGUCUCGAUCCGUACGGGCCCCUGCUGACCUCCUGCCGCAAUGGAGGAGCCCGGAGCGGGCACGCGCGGGCGGGAGGAUCGUGCUGCUGACGCCCCGCGGUUGCGGGGAGCGGAGGAAGCUCUGUCUGCGGCCACGGCUCCUGAACCGGCCACCGCCGCAGAGAUAUGCGGUGCUCCGGAGGCUAGAUUGUCCACAGAGGUAGACAAAGAUGAAGGGGGAGAUUUUUCUGUUGGAUUGGUGCCUCCUGCCGAGGCUGUUUCUGCCUCGACUGAAGGGAGAAGGUUUCAGAUAGGACAGGUGAAGGGUUCUAGUUUGGAGCAGAGGGUCAUGGACGUGGAGGAAGAGAAGGGAGGUAGUUUGGCUCCCGCGCUGCAGAGUUCUGCUGAACCUGGCGGUUUGCAGACGUGUCAUGAGGCCAAUGGCGGUUUGUUCAAUAAGUCAUUAUGUGCCCCCUGCGGCGAAGCUGUCUGUCCCAAGGACACGGGAUGCAUGGAUGACAUGUUGGAGGAAAUGGCAGAUGGUAACCAAGGUGAUUGGGGUGGCAAGGCAACUCUAGAAGAUUUACGGAUUGCUUGGGAUGAAGCACAACGUAGUCAUGAAGGCUUGUUGGGUUCAAUGAGUCAUGGUAGCGAGCAAGAGGCACGUGCCGUUGAUGGCAUAGGAUUUAUCACGGAUGCUAAUGAUGAGCUGCAACAGGAUGCUUUGAUGCCAGAUAUUGAAGCUGAGGUUUCCAAGCCAGCGCACGAGGAUUUGGUUCCUUCCAUUUCAGGGGGCAUUGAUCUUUCUUUAGAUGGAAAGAUGGGUCAGUUUGGUGGAAUAUCUGGUGAUUCAAUGACGUGCUAUGUGUCUGAUGGAGGGGUGCAGAAUGACGGUUUAUGUGCCGCUGGAGGUAAAGGAUCUCAGUUGAUUGAUGCUAGUAUGUAUGACACGGUGGACAUGGCAACAGAGGGAGGUCCAUGUCAGCAGGGCAUUUUGGCAGGUGGGAGAAGUGUUUUGAGUGGUGUUGUGGAGGAUUCAAUAACAUGUUACAACGAACCACAGAGUGGUAAUGAAGGUUUGCCAGAUUUGGUAAAUCGUGAUAUUGAGCAGUUGCCAUGCAGCAUUGGUGCCACGUGUUUGAAGAAAAAUGCUAACCAUGAUCUUGAAAAGGAUGGUUUGUCACCAAAAGUUGGUGCAGAUAGCUCUUGGACCUUGCAUGAAGAUUCAGUUCCUUCAGUUUCAGGUAGUAGUCCUGCUGUUUCUUUAGCUGGCAAGACUUGCCAGAUUGGUGAAUUAUUUGAACAUAGGUCAAGCAUGGGAAACGUGACUUGUAGUUCAGAAGUAUGUGGUAUGUUUUCUUGUGAGAGUGCAUUUCACAAAGAGGCUCCUGGAGAUGAGGGCCGGUGUUCUGGAAGGAAGGUAAACACAAGUGAAGAGGACUUGCGGACAGAUUGGAUGGAAGCAGCCCAUGACAAUGGGUACUUGUCAGGUACGGGGAAGCAUCACUCUGAGAAAUUGCCAUGUGGUGCUGAUGGCCUGCCAUUGAUAACUGAUGCUAAUCAUGAGCUGGAAAAGGUUGGUUUCUUGUCAAAUAUAAAUGCAGUAGCGUCCUGCCCAGUUGAUGAAACUUCAGUUCCUUCUGUUUACGUGAACUCCAUUGAUGUUCCUUUGGAUGGGCAGGUUGGUCAGGCUGUUGAUACAUCUGAAAAUAGUGCUGGCUUUGAAAAUUUGGGUUGUGAUUCACUGGGAGGGGAUAUGAUGUCGUGUGACAGUGGCCUUCGGACGGAGGCUUAUGGUGAUGAGAAUCAGCAUUCUGGCCCUUGUGCUGAUAAAGAGUUGCAACAUACCCCUCUAAAAUAUGGAACCUCUGAACAAUCCCCAGAGGAAAACCUGUGUGUUUCUUCGUAUAACCAACCUUGUGACGAUGAACCUUGUAGUGGCAAGGAAUCAUCUGCUCUAUGCCUGGGUCAUCAAGAUUCUGCUGUUGGCGGAUCUGGCCAUUUGGACCAAGGGCUCAAUGCCUGUAAUUGUGCUGAUGACAGUUCUGUUGAUUUUGCCAGCAAUGCUAAUGAUGGAGGAUCACCAAACCAAAAGCUGGCAGCAUUAAAUGUAUUCAGCAGACGUAGGAAUCCAAAAAGAGCUGCUUCAUCAAGAAAAGAUUCUGAGAGGCCGGGUCAAACAAACCAAGCAAGCAGCGGCACACGCAAACCUAAAAAGGUUGAUGUUGUGAGCUCAUUACAUCAAACCACCAUGGGUCUGUUCCCAAACAAAAUUGCCAAGGGAAGAAGUGGCAUGAACAGGCCACCAAAACCCUCUACUUGGGGCAGUCUAAAAGAGCUAUUAGAUGGUUUCUGUCAAAGCAAUCGACCAUCGAUUUCUAAUUCUCAUCCAACUUGCCUGGACAAAGGAGGAUCAGAUAAUAGAUCUGAUAAGAAAAGUCAGCCAAGUAUUCGGAAAAGUCGAAGUUCAAGAUCUUCAAAGAGUAAAUGCUAUUCCUUUUCUGUUACAGGGCAUGCAGCUAGUGAAUUGAAUGGGCAACCAGCCUUUUCACCUUUGGAUGAUACUGAUGUUUCUUUGGAAAGUCACAGAGAAAACAUUCCAAAGUUGUCUUCUGAUACAUCAAUUAAUAUUUAUGAUAGUACACGCAAUACUGCAGAGUCUACUGCCAGUUAUCGCACAGUGAAAUCAAAGUGUAUCCAGACUGAGGCGCAGCAGUUGGAAAGGGCCCUGGUGAAUUCUACUAAAGAAACAUGCGCUGCAGAUGUCCAUGGAGAGUGUGCUAAGCUUUCAACUUCUGAACCUUCUUUGACUAAUGCCAAUGGCAGCGUCAUGCUGCAUGUUGGAUUUUCGCCGGAUUCUGUUUUGGAGGUGGCUUCUGUUACAUCUGAAGGUAAUGCUUCUGCAAGCCAUGAUGUUAUGCUACAUGAAAACUCAACUGAUACUGGUGCACUGAAUGUUGGUGGUUAUCAUCCAUCCGUUUUAACUUCCAACUUUGGAAAAGAACAAGCUUUAUUAUCAUUGAUGGACUUGGAGCAGCAGGCUAAAACCACUUUGCUUGAGGACACCAGAAAGGAUGAGAACACCAGAAGGGAAGAUAUGGUAGACAAUGAUGUUGGUGAAGGAAAAGCGCAAGCUUUACAGAGGUCUAAUGCAGUGAGGAAAAUCAGUAUUGUCAGAAAGCCAGGUUGCAAAAAGAAAGAUGGAUCUAAAGGGAAAAGAAAGAAUGUUAUAGGAUCCACCAAUAUUUCUCCAUGUGAAGGUUCAAAACUUAGGCCACUUUCUAGCAAUUCAAUUUCUCCUGAUCCAUGUGAGGCAAUUCUUCGCACGGGGCCUCCAGAGUUCAGUCCUUUUGAAACCCUAACUUUUGGCACACAAGAUCGUGCUAUUUAUGAACACGAUAGCGUACUGAGUCAUUCUGUAAUGGAUGGUAUUGACAGUAUGAAAUCACCAAGACGCAAGAAAAAGGAUGCUAACGCAGGAAAGAAGGGUAAGGCGCGGGAUCCACAUAAGAAAGAAAAAAGUAAGAAGAAAAAUAUAGCAGAUGACAGUUCCUUUGAUCAUGGACUUCUAAAUUUGCCCUCAUGUGAUUUGGCAGCAUCUCAUAUGAAUGAACAGAGUAAUCUUGAUCCUGCCACUGAAUUUGGACUCAAGAACUCUGGUGCCAUAUCUAUUGAUUUACCUGGAAAUGUUGCCUGCAAAACGGAUGGGGCAUCUUUACCACCACCACCACGUGCUGCAUGGGUGUGUUGUGAUGAUUGCCAAAAGUGGCGCUGCAUACCUGCUGAUCUUGUAGAUGUCAUUGGAGAAACAAGAUGGACUUGUAAGGACAAUGGAGACAAAGCAUUUGCUGACUGUUCUAUUCCACAAGAAAAGACAAAUGCUGAGAUCAAUGCAGAACUUGACCUUUCGGAUGCUUCAGCUGAUGAAGCAGAUGAUGGCAGAUCUAACUCCAAAGCUGUCAAAGCACCAUCAUGGACGUCUAUAAGGUCAAACUUGUUUCUGCAUCGGAACCGCAGGACACAAUCCAUUGAUGAGAGCAUGGUGUGCAACUGCAAGCCUCCUCAAGAUGGUCGACUGGGUUGUAGAGAUGGCUGUUUGAACAGGUUGCUCAGCAUUGAAUGCGUCAAGCGUACAUGUCCAUGUGGAGAACAAUGUUCUAAUCAGAAGUUUCAGCGACGCAGCUAUGCAAAACUGCGAUGGUUCCAGUCUGGCAAGAAAGGUUAUGGACUGCAGUUGCAAGAAGAUGUUACUGAAGGAAGGUUUCUUAUUGAGUAUGUUGGAGAGGUCCUUGACAUAACAUCUUAUGAAUCCCGCCAAAGAUAUUAUGCUUCCAAAGGCCAGAAACAUUUCUACUUCAUGGCCUUAAAUGGCGGCGAGGUAAUUGAUGCUUGCACUAAGGGAAACUUGGGCCGAUUCAUCAAUCAUAGUUGCAGCCCUAACUGUCGCACAGAGAAGUGGAUAGUCAAUGGAGAAGUCUGCAUUGGAAUAUUUGCUAUGAGGAACAUCAAGAAGGGUGAAGAAUUGACAUUUGAUUACAACUAUGUUCGUGUAUCUGGUGCUGCCCCUCAAAAAUGCUUCUGUGGUACUGCCAAAUGUCGGGGUUACAUUGGUGGAGACAUAUCAGUUGAUAUUAUCACCCAGGAUGAUGCAGAAGCAGGGCAUGUUGAACAAAUUGUUCUUGACAAAGAUUCUGAGGAGUUGAUCAGUGCAAAUGGUUCUGAUGCUGAUGGUAGUCAUCCAAAUAUUGCAGAACCUGAAUUUUCUAUUGAAGGGGAAGAUUUACAUGAUUGCUCAGCUGGAAAAGCAGAGUUAGAACCCCUUGAUCAAACUGGAGGAACCCUAAUUGAAACUAGUGAGCCCGAAAAUUCCUUGGAAGCAUGGAGCCCGCAGGAAGAUGAAGAUGUCAUCCGCACGCCUGUGCAUGUGUCACGAACAUUUGAAAGUUCUUUGCAGCAGUUCCCAGUACAUGGCCCUCAGUCAUCAGAUCUUUUGCAAAAGACUGCAAAAUCAGCUGAAGGAUCAAAAGUUCCAAAUGGAUCAACACCUAGUUUUGAUUUCCAAAGCAAUCUGGUGCCUGGUCUCAAUGCUAGACACAACUUAAAACAACAUAGAAAUGUGAAACCACAAUCAUCAUCUCCAAUUGACAAUGAGCACAUCUUGGGAGUUGAAGGGAGACUGAACAACCUUCUGGAUGGGAACGGAGGUAUCAGCAAGCGAAAGGAUACUACAAAUGGAUACUUGAAGCUUCUCAUUGUGACUGCAGCAGGUGACAGUGCUGGGGGCACAUCUAAAAGUGUGAGGGAUCUUUCAUUGAUUCUUGAUGCACUUUUAAAAACAAAAUCAUGUUCCGUCCUGUUGGAUAUCAUCAACAAGAAUGGAUUGCAAAUGCUUCAUAAUAUGUUAAAGCAGAAUAAAACCGACUUCUAUCGAAUACCUAUUAUACGGAAGCUUCUGAAGGUACUGGAGUUUCUAGCUGAGAAAGGAAUUUUGACAUCUGAACACAUAAAUGGAGGUCCUCGAUGUGCUGGUGUCGAAAGCUUCAGAGACUCGAUGCUGAGCUUAGUCAGACACAGGGACUUUCAGGUUCAACAGAUUGCUCGGAGCUUUCGUGAUAGAUGGAUCCUCCAUAAUACUGCAAGGAGUGAACCAACAGAAUAUCCACAUACAUCCACAUUUGCACAGGAUAUCCAUAGAACUAAUAUGGUCUGGAGUUCUGCUAGGAGGAAACGCAAGAGUCGUUGGGACUAUCAACCUGAUGAGCACUAUAAGAUGGUGGGACAAAAUAUCCAAAAGGUUUGUUCUGGGCAUGGUGGAUUUGAUGUUCAAUUUGGCUUCAUGAGAAACAAGUUGCAGAGGAACCAGGGAACAGACAACUGCCAUAAUGAUGUCCAUGGCAUGGGGAGUUCAACAGAGGGUGCAGAUGAUGAAGUGCCACCUGGGUUUGAGCCCCAACAGGAGUGUCAGCCUGCGCAACUUUCCAUAGGCAGUGAUGUUGCUCCAGGACUUUGCAUGGAGAGGUACCAACCUAGCUUGAGUGUUUCAUAUGGGGUUCCCGUCGCUCUUGUUCAGAACUUUGGAACCCCUGAAUCUGAAGGAGGCCAAGGCCACCAAAAAUGGAAAGUUGCACCUGGUGUGCCUUUUAGUCCCUUUCCACCAUUGCCUCCGUACCCACGAGGGAGUCCUUGUCCCUCCACUUCGUCAUCCCAUAUGUUUCAGCAUGAUGGAACAUCCCUGGUGAACCAUAACAUUUCUGGACAUUGUGGUGGAAGGACCACGGGCCGAGAUGGAAAAAUGCAUAGGACGUGGCGGAAUGGGCCAAGAACAAAAUGGCCAUACCAUCAUCAAGGAAGGAGGUUUCCGAGCAACCAUCAUAGAUUUGAAAGAUUCGAGCCUCCAAGACCUCAAUAGUGGUGAUUUAGGAUUCAGGGCAGCGAUUGGCCUAGUCCUACAGUGUUCUAACCUGAAGUAGUGGUGAUAUACAUGGUGACUCCUGCUCAGAAGUGUAACAGAAAUUGUGUCAUCCUUUAACUAUGUUUAUUUAACAGGGAGUGUAACUGUCCGUUCUCUAGGUGUAGAACAGUUGCUGCACAUAGGUCAUUGCCAUUGCAGCUUUGCUACUAAUUAAUUGUCAUUGGUUUUUAUUCUCCCAAUGUGUAAUCUCAAUAGGAAUAAUUGAUUUGAUUUAAUCUUUUUUACAGGUGAAAAGUCUAACCAAUUGUACCCAUAA